AUGAAAUUCACUCUCGUGCUUCUUGUUGGCAUCUUGUUCUUCUGUUGUUGUUCUACUCUUCUCGUAGACCACACUCAUGCAACAACAGCAGUAACAACAUCUUCUCCUCCUCAACGUAUCACUUCUCUCCCUGGUUUCAAUGGUCCCAUUUCAUUCGCUCAAUAUUCAGGUUACGUUCCAGUGAGUACGAAUAGUACUGAAAAGAGAUUUUUGUUUUAUUGGUUUGUGGAAUCACAAAGUGCGUCAUCGAGUGAAGAUCCAGUGGUGUUAUGGAUGAAUGGUGGUCCAGGUUGUAGUAGUUUGGAUGGUUUCGUAACCGAACAUGGUCCAUUUCUUCUCAAUGAUGACGGAAAAACUUUGAGAUCCAACGAUCAUGCUUGGAAUAAGAGAGCAAAUAUUAUUUAUUUAGAAUCUCCUUUUGAAGUUGGAUAUAGUUUUACUACCAAUAAGAAUGAUCAUGUUUGGAAUGAUGUAAAAUCAGCGAAUGAUGUGUUGCAAUUUUUGGCCAUUUUCUUUUCGGAAUUAUUUCCACAAUAUUUGAAAAAUCCAUUUUAUAUUGCUGCAGAAUCUUAUGGAGGACAUUAUGGUCCAACUACUGCCGUAGCUGUUUUACGUGCCAAUCAACACAAUCAAUUUCCAUUCAAAUUCAACUUGAAAGGUUUCAUUGUUGCAAAUGGUAUCAUGGAUGAUCGUGAAGAUACCAACUCGGUUCCAAUCUUUAUGUAUCAACAUUCAUUAAUUUCCAAAUCCUCGUAUGAAGAUGGUCUCUCCAAAUGCAAGGGAGAUUUUUACAAGUUUCAAAAUUUACCAGAAUGUUCCAAUGUCAUUUCACAAUAUUAUACUUCCAUUGUAGGUGUGAAUCCAUAUGAUAUUUAUGCCAAUUGUGUUGGAGAUGUUGGACCUUUUGCUUCCAAUAAUGAGAAGGAAGAAAAUGCAUCAUUUUUGGAAACCAUGAAGAGUAAUGGAUGGAUGAAAGCAUUGACUCAAAAACAAGGAUCAUCAUCUUCCAUUCAUCCCUUAUUUACUCUGAGUGCACGAGUGGGAAGUGGUGCUCCAUGUCUUGCCUAUAAACCACAAGAAUAUUGGUUUAAUUUGAAUGAAGUGAAAAUGGCACUUCAUGCUUCACCUCUCAUUCCACAAGAUCAUCGUUGGCAAAUGUGUAACAAUGUUGUGAAUAGUUUUUAUAAUCGAACCUAUGAUAGUAUGAUUCCAUUUUAUCAGGAAUUAUUGUCGAAUGGCAUUCGAGGAUUGUUCUAUUCGGGUGACUGUGAUCUUGCUGUGAAUUCAUUGGGUUCUCAGAAUGGUAUUUAUGCAUUGAUGAAUGUGAUGAAUGGACAAAUUGUUAAACCCUAUCAGUCAUGGAUGAUGGAGAAACAAGUGGCUGGUUUUUAUCAAAUUUGGAGCGCUGGAUCAACCACCAUGACCUUUAAGACGAUUAAGGGAGCUGGACACAUGGUACCAAUGACUCGUCCAAAACAAGCCCAAACUGUCUUGUAUGACUUUAUCUUCAAUUAA